AAAGGAGGCUUGUAUUGGUGGUUAACAGAUGACGGCUGUAAACAAGCUCCGGUGAAGCUCAGGCACUUUGAGGAACACUAAACCGUGAAAGCCAGGUGAAGAACAAAAAAAGAGGAGAGCAAAAUAAGCUCCACGUUACAAAUGGUGAGGAGUAAAGCCUUGGCCCACUGUGGCCUUGUUCUGCUCAGUUUGUGGCUGUGUAUCCAGUCAGUGCCUAUCAGUGUGGACAAGACCAAAGAAAAGGCUAAAGAGGAGGAACUGGGGCCACCCGAGAGUGCUGACACUGGGCUGCACUACGACCGCUACCUCAGGGAGGUCAUUGAGUAUCUUGAGAAGGACCCCCACUUUAGAGAAAAGCUUAAAAAUGCCAAUAUGGAUGACAUCAAGCAAGGCAAACUUUCCAAAGAGCUGAACUUUGUUCAGCACAAUUUUCGGACCAAGCUGGAUGAGCUAAAGAGGGAGGAGAUGAACAGGCUGCGAAUGCUCAUAAAAGCUAAGCACGACAUCAAGGAAGGAAAUGGCCAAACAGUGGACCACCAGGCCCUGCUGAAACAGUUUGAGCACCUGAACCACAAGAAUCCACACACUUUUGAGGUGGAUGACCUGGACCGUCUCAUCAAAUCGGCGACUAAUGACCUGGAGAACUUUGACAAGGACCGCCAUGAUGAGUUCAAGCAAUAUGAGAUGAUGAAAGAGCAUGAGCGACGGCAACGCCUGAAGAACUUGAAUGAGGAGGAUCGCAAGAAGGAAGAGGAACACUACGAGGAAAUGAAGAAGAAACACGCCAACCACCCUAAAGUCAACCACCCUGGCAGUGAGGACCAGCUAAAAGAGGUGUGGCAGGAGGCAGAUGGUUUAGACCCAGAAGAUUUUGAUCCAAAAACCUUCUUCAAAAUGCACGACAGCAACGGAGACGGCUUCUUUGAUGAGAGUGAGCUUGAAGCUCUCUUUACUAAAGAGCUGGAGAAGGUUUACAACCCAGAAAAUGAAGAGGAUGACAUGGUUGAGAUGGAGGAAGAGAGACUGCGAAUGAGAGAGCAUGUUAUGAACGAGGUGGACACCAAUAAAGACAGGCUUGUAUCACUGAGCGAGUUCAUGUCAGCCACAAAGAAGGAAGAGUUCUAUGAAAAAGACGAAUGGGAGACUUUAGAUCAGAACCCAUUGUAUACUGAAGAGGAGCUGAGAGAGUUUGAACAGCAACUGGCCAAUGAGGAGAAUGACAUCAACAAGAAGUCAGCUGAGCUGCAGAAACAGAGAGAGGAACUUGAAAGAAAACAGGAAGAACUUAAUGCUCAGAAGCUGGGGCUGAAACAGGCAAUGGAAGAAAUGGAAAGGGUUAAAUCCCAAAGCUUAAAUGCUGAUGUAAAACAGCCUGCAGCUCCUCUAACUGCAGGUGAACAUGCACCAGUUGUACCAGGAAACAGUCAGCCACCUCCGCCUGGUCACCAGCAGCAAGAUGUACCCGUGCCUAGACAUUCUUAGCAGGCCUCACCACCCUGUGUGCGAUAUGAGUGAGCAUGCAAGUGUGCUUGUGUUUUCAUGGUUUCAAUUUUUUUUGGUUAUUGUUUAGAAUACACAAAACACACAGCAACACGGGGGGGGGGGAGAUCUCUUAGUGCCAAUGAUGCCCUUCCUUCUGCUGGUUAAAACAACUGAAUGAGCCAGCCUGGAAAUGUGGAGCUGCUCCAGUUUUCUAUGUGGACAAUCAACCCUUUUGUUUUGUUUUUUUUAUCUUGUAUCACAAAAGGACUCUGUUCUCUAUUGGAAGUUCUUUGGGGUGAAAUGGGGAGGGCAGCUGGCCUGAUAACUGAAUGUUUAGUUUUGUUCACACUGUAGUUUUACUGCCACUUUUUCCUUAAGAAAAUCCUUUCAAAAUAUUAUUUAUUUUUAUGGUAAAGUGUGAAUUAUUUUGGAAAAAAUAAAUGCCAGAAAAGGAAGAUUAGAGCCGAAAUGAAGUUUUAUAGAAAAAGUGUUUCCUUCAAUGUGUUUUCAAGCUGUUGUGACCUCUGGAUCAGAUUAGUGCAGAAUAAGAGAUGAAGUUAAAUAUAUACAAUAUGUAUUUAAAUGUUAUAAUUUUUAAUAAUUGUGUUUGUGAUUGUGACAAUUGUAUGGAUUAUGAAGUGGUUGCCUGGAUGUCAGUGCUCAGGAGUGUCUGUGAAUUUGUUUAUUUAUUCUCGAACCACUGUAAAUGAAAUGAAUGCAGGAGGUUGAAAUUUGCCUU